UUUAAUAUCUGCCUAAUAUUUACAAUUUUUCCCCCAAAGUAGACUUGUUUUCCGUAUUAAAGAUUUAACACAUGUCGCAGUUUAAGAAUUUACAACAUAAAAAAAAGAAGAAAACACGUAACUUAAGAGGGCAUGUAAGUCAUGGUCAUGGUAGAAUAGGAAAACAUAGAAAACACCCUGGCGGAAGAGGAAAUGCAGGAGGAAUGCAUCAUCAUAGAAUAAACUUUGAUAAAUAUCAUCCUGGUUAUUUUGGAAAAGUUGGAAUGAGGCAUUUUCAUAAAAUUAAAAAUAGAUAUUAUUGUCCUACAAUCAAUUUAGAUAAAAUAUGGUCAUUAGUAUCUGAGCAAACUAGAGUUAACUAUGAAAAGGUGACAGACAAAGCUCCAGUUAUAGAUUGUGUUAAAUCAGGUUAUUUCAAAGUACUCGGAAAAGGAAGACUCCCUAAACAGCCAGUAAUUGUUAAAGCUAAAUAUUUCAGCCAUAAAGCUGAAAAUAAAAUUAAAGAAGUUGGUGGAUGUUGUAUUCUAAUUGCUUAAUUCCAUUUAAAUUUUAUAUUUAUACUCUUAUUAUACACCAUUUUAUUUAAAAUAACAAAUAAAAUGUAUUUCAUCAAUUUAUAGAAUUAAGUUAAAACGAACUUAUGUAUAAGCAUAUUACA